GGCGCCCGGAGACUACUAAGGCGCUCGGGUCCGCGCGUCCGCGGCCUGGCCGGCGGAGAACAUGGCGCUGCCCCCGGCCGCCGCGCCCCCCGGGGCUGGCGAACCUCUCGGGCUGCCGCUGUCGGCGCUGCGGCCCGAGCCGAGCGGCGUCCCGCUGCACUCGCCCUGGACCUUCUGGCUGGACAGAUCACUUCCUGGUGCCACAGCUGCUGAGUGUGCGUCGAAUCUGAAGAAACUCUACACUGUGGGAACAGUACAGAUAUUCUGGAGUGUGUACAAUAACAUCCCUCCUGUGCCCAGCCUGCCUUUGAGAUGUAGUUAUCACUUAAUGAGAGGAGAGAGGCGACCACUUUGGGAGGAGGAGAGUAAUGCAAAGGGUGGCGUGUGGAAGAUGAAAGUCCCCAAGGACGGCACGGCCUUGGUCACAGUCCUGCUCAUUCACAGCCCUUCACAGAGCUGGUUGGUGGUGGACAGAGGGCCCAGCUUUCCCCAAAACUCCUCAGAGAUCCGCUUUGAGAAACCUACCCAGGUGAUCGGAGCACUGAGUCUGCCUGAGGAGAUCAGCUCCUCCCACUCCCUCCGGAACCCUAUCUUGUGA